CGCAGUGCGUCGAGGAGAUCGAAAGCGAGAGCACUCACGUUUCGGAACUCGUCAAAGAAAGUACCUUUAUUCACAUAGUUUGGACUAAGUGGGGGACACUGCCCCUCCGUGAGAAAAUUGUAGUCUAGAAAGGUCAUGAACUACAUCGGCAAGUUCAUAUCCAACUUUAAAGAUUUCUACAAUGAGAUCAAUGCUGCAACUUUAACAGGUGCCAUCGAUGUGGUUGUGGUGCGGCAGGAAGAUGGCUCCUACCUCAGCUCACCCUUUCACGUCCGCUUCGGCAAGAUGGGCGUACUGCGGAGCCGAGAAAAAGUGGUUGAUAUUGAGAUCAAUGGAGAGCCUGUGGACAUACAUAUGAAACUAGGGGAGUCAGGAGAAGCCUUCUUUGUCCAAGAAUUAGAGGACAGUGAGGAAAUUAGUCCCCUCCUUGGCACCUCACCUCUGCCACCAUCAUUCCUUCAGGAGAAACUUGAUCUUGCAAGAGCAGAGGAGGAGGAAUCGAGACCUAGGGAUUCUGGUGUUGAUGAAUCCAUUUCCUCAUCUGUUGGCCAAUCAGUAGUGCCUCCUGGUGAUGUGACGGUCACAGACUCACCGGAGACAGAAACAGCAGGAGAUCAAGACUCUACUCUGUCACCCUUGACUGACACAGGAGAUGAUGUCAAAAUUGUCAGGGUGAAGUUAUCAGAGGACCCCAAGAGUGAGAUUGGCAUUGUUAGAAUUAUCCGUAAAACAGAUGCCAAAGUAGAGAGAAGAGACCAUGGGACUCAGACUAUUAAUAAUAAUAAUUUAACAACCAGUAACAAGAAGGUAGAAGUCAACAACCAAGGGAAAGGACCCAACUCAAAGUCACAAGUUGGUGAUGGUGCUGUUCAGAAACGUAAUAGCUUGAUUAUUGAUGGCCAGGGAAGCAAGACUGAUGGAGAAGAAACGGUUAGAAUGAACAAGAGUAUCCGACGCAAGCGUAAGAAGCGUUGUAAUGGAAAGAAGAGCCGACCCAAGAGCACUGGGAGCCAGUCAAGUGACACAUCGACAACAAGCGAGGUUGCAGACAUCAAUGCUGUUUUACCUAGUGGUGGUUCACCAGGGAAUCAAGAUGGAAUUUUUGUAAUGGAUGAUAUUGAGAACAAUGAGAAGUCUGGUCCAAGCACGUCUACUCCCACCUCCCACAUGGCGCAGUCGUCUUCUAUGCCGUUGCUGCGUGAGAAGUCCCGGGAAGAGGUAGUCGAUGAAUGGAGUGGCUCUAUGUCUCGAUCAAUGGGACCAGAUUUUCAUCCAUUCAGUGAUACUGACCUCAGCCCUCCACCAAGCCCAUCGAGUUCAAGACCCCCAACACCGAUCAAGUCUGACACUGAGUAUGAGGUUGAGAGACAGCGGACAGACUUCAUUGAUGGAUCCUCGCAGACAGAUGAGAACAAGUGGUCUUGGACAUGGGGAGAACUUCCCACACCACCACCGAAGACUCCAACUCGUACUUCGUCUUCAGCUGCGGAUUCCUCAGAGAUGAAGAACGAAAGUGACAUGAAGAAGACAUCAAAGGGAGAGGAUGAUGAGCGGUCUGUGUUGGGCAGUAUGUUUAGCUUCAUGCGGGCUACCAAGAAAGCUCGUCACAAUCCAGAAAGUGAGGGCAUUUACCUUGAUGACCUGAAUCUGGAGGAACUAGACCCAGAAGUGGCAGCACUGUAUUUCCCUCGUAACUUCAAGGUUCCAGAAAAGCCGGGCUACAACAGCUUCUCCUCUGUAAGUGCUGUAAAGGAUGAUGAUGUUGAGUCGGGGAAUGGUCCUUCCCUGCCUCAAUCUCCGCACAGUGUCGAAGGAGCCAUUGGGGGACCAAAGCUGUGCAGCGAUUCAGACUUCGAAGAUUACAGGCACCCCAUCUUUGAUUACAAGGGUUACCAUGAUAUUGCCUUCUCACUGUGUGGCCGCCUCCACGAAUACGAGGGAGACUUCCCAGAAAGUCUUUUUAUGCAAAGUCUAGUCACUUACGAUGAUUUUUGUGAGAAUCCACAAAUUCUCGAAAACCCUGACCUUGUUGUUAGGUUUGGGGGCAAGUACCUGAAUUGGCGUACUGUUUCACCACAGAUUCUCUCUCUUGUGUUGUUCCAGCGACCUGUGCCUCAGGAGAUCCUAAAUCCCGGUGACAACCUUGUUGAGGUAACAGCUGCCGAGACUCAGGUCCAAAGAAGAAGGGACUUCAUGGUCAUACCCCUGGGACAGAUUCCUCAGAGUCUGAGGAUCUUGAGAUGCGCAGGCCCUCUGGAGAUCGCUGAAAAGUUUGAGACUGACAUCGGAUUUUUCCUACAGGAAAAGCUAAACUUGAGAGAGGGAAGCAAUGAAGCCUUAUUCUCAGUUACAACAGCCUAUCAGGGAACAACACGAUGCAAGUGCCACAUUUUCCUAUGGAAUCAUGAUGAUAAGAUUGUUGUAUCAGAUAUUGAUGGCACUAUAACAAAAUCUGAUGUGUUAGGGCAUCUGCUGCCCAUCUUGGGCAAGGACUGGGCCCAGAGUGGGGUAGCUCAAUUGUUUACCAAAAUCAAGAACAAUGGCUACCAUUUCUUGUACCUGUCUGCACGAGCUAUUGGACAGGCACGUAUCACUCGGGACUACCUCCGUUCCAUUAAACAAGGAGACUUGUCACUACCGGAUGGGCCUCUAUUAUUAAAUCCUACUUCCCUAGUGCAAGCUUUCCAUCGUGAAGUCAUUGAAAAGAAGCCAGAGGAAUUCAAGAUCUCAUGUUUAAGGGAUAUUCAGGCAUUGUAUCCACCUGGUAGAAAUCCUUUCUACUCUGGAUAUGGAAAUAAGAUCAAUGAUGUGUGGGCCUAUCGUGCUGUAGGAAUUCCCAUUUCUCGAAUAUUUACUAUCAACCACAGAGGCGAGCUAAAGCAUGAAUUAACUCAGACAUUCCAAUCCUCGUACUCAAACCUCAGUGACAUAUCGAACCACAUGUUCCCUCCUGUUGCUCAUCAGGAGACACUGGGCGAAUACUCUUCCUUGCAAUACUGGCGGGCACCCUUGCCUGACGUGUCCACUGAAAUAGAAGCAGUCCUUUCAGAGGAGAGAGGGAAAUAGAGGUCUUGUUGGAACAUUAAACUUUUCAGUGGUGGAAUGAAAAUAUUGCGAAUGCGAUGUACAAGUGAGUAGUGGAGGGACCAGCCUCAGACAUUCCAAGAAGAACAAAGAUCCUAAUUGUACUUGACAUCACGGGAAGGAAUCACUGAUUUACAUUUUUGAAGUAUAUUUGUAAUGGAGCCUGUUAAAGUUUUCUCUGAGGUUACAAAUAUUUUCAGUUAAAGAAGGAUUGCAGUGUUUGAAUGCUGUCAUCGUGUACAUUACAUGUGAGAUGCUCACCUCAGGGAUGGUUAUUAAUUUAUUGUGGUUGCUGGAUAAACUGAUUGAUUUCCACAAAUAUGAUGGUAUGUUCUUGUUUAUAAGUCUGAUAUACAAGGUUAAGACAUACCUGUGAUUAACUGGAAAUUCGUUUAGGAAACAGGCAAAAAAAGACAGGACAUUGUAUGUCAAUAUUUUUUUUUUUCUUUUUUUUUGUCAUCAAAAUGAUAACCUACCAACACUUUUAAUAGAACUAAAGUGAAUUUAAUGGAUGAAUACUGUGGAUGGAGGGUUUCAUUUCAUUUAUUAGAAAUAGUACAUGAAAAAUGUUAUCUUGAAAUUAAUAGUUGUGUUAAGAUACAUGAAAAAUGUUCACUUGAAAUUGAUAGUGUUAAAAUGCACGAAAGCAAAAUUUGUCAUUGCUAGCAUUUAUAUUGGUGUUAAUGAUUGAUUAUUUAUUAUUCUCUUUGUCAUUUCAAUUUUGCUAUUGGGUAUUAUAGAUAGAGACUGAAGAUUAAAAUUGCAGGUGUCAGAUUUUGAAAAUUCUGUAGAGUAACCAGUGAUUGUAAAAUUAUGCAACUGAACAAUAAUAUCUACAUGUGACUGGACUUAGAAUGAUAUUCUUUCUUUAUAAUAAAUGAUAUCUGGUGUUGUAGGUUUAAGUUCAGAAAUUUGCAUAUCAGUUUAGUUUUAUGUGUUUUUCAGGGAAAUUAAGUAUAUAUUUAUUUUUUGUACAGUUCUAUGUUUUGUCUGGUCUACAUUCAUUCAUUUCCAUCUCAUUCUUGCAUUGUCAGAAUCUAAAGCCAUUUAUUUGAAUUUAAUUUCCAUAUUUAUUACAUGUGCAGCUUUUGUAUUGUCUAGUUACUGUCAAGCUGCUUUUCAUCAACACCAUAUAAUACUGUAUGUAUUUAUAUUCCUUUACAUGUUGUAGGGAUUAAAUAAUGUAAUUUGAAGCAUCUCAUUUGAAAGUUUACAGGCUACAUCAACUGUGAUUCUCAAGUAGUCAGAAUAUGUUCUAAAAGCUUGGGGAGUUGUUGCACAUAUGUGAUAAAAAAACAAUUAGUGCUGUCAACUGUGAUCUGUUGAAGACAUCCACCAAGGUGCUGUAUGUAACAUGAAGUGUUGAUUAUUUCAAAUUCUGAAUUGGUUUGCAGAUGUUCCAGAAUCCAAGUAAACAGUGUUGUGUACAAGUGUGUGAGUUUACACAGGCAUGUGGGAUCUGUCAGAAGUCAUUCGUAUUGAUGUACUUGCAACCAGUUGCUGCUUUGAUUCCGUUAUUUAAGACCAUUGUUUCGGGAAUGGAGAUUCCAUUUUCAUUUGAAAGAUGAAUCUGAAAUGUUUCAUAGAAUUUCUUACAAACAAUGCACUGUCUGUUUUGAAACUAGUUUAUUGUCAAGUGAGAUGAUCAGAAGACAUAGUCCUUGUAGGUUUGUAUUAUAUUGGUAUAUCUCUUUUGGCUCAAAGAGAAAAGAAGCAUUUAUUCUGAAACCAGUGCAAAAUUUCAAAGUCAGUGAUAAUUUGUAGUCACAAAAAGUUAUCGCUCUAGUUAUAAAAAAAAAGGAAAUAGGACAGAAAAGAUUAUACAUCAGAAUAGGUAUUUGAUUAAUAAACUAUCAGUGGAUUCUAAAGAGUAAAUAUUAACAAUGAAUGAAAGAAAUGUGUUGUUGGUAUCAGAAUGAGUAAUGUAUGUAGCAUGAAUGGAAAACUUCUCUAAUAGCUUGUGAUUUACUUAAUGGUAUGUGAUACAUCAUAAUGUAGUGUCAGGAUUUAUACACAAUUACCCUUGCCUUCAUUUCAUUGGCUUCUUUACACAUGGAGUAUUUGUGAAGAUGUCUGUAAACUUUUUAAUCACUUUCAUUUUAUAGUCCAGUGUACUGGAAUAUGAUAAAAUGAUACAGUAUGUGUGCUCUCAUUUAUGCUGAAUAUAACAGUGUCAUAUUUAGUUACUUUUCAAUGUGGAAUUUUUGUUGCAUAUGUUGUGUGCAUCUUUUGUACAAAUCUUUUUGCUUGUAUCAGGCAAAUAUAGGGUUAAGUUUUAUGAUAGACAGUAUCAGAUUGAUUUUUGCAAAUAUAGCUUUUAAGAAUUGUUUUCAGUGAAGUGUAAAUCAAGUUUUGUGAUUAUUUUAUUAUUGUUUUUAUUAUUAUGGUUUUCAUUAUUUCUUUUUACAAGAUGAUCAAGGGCCACUGAGAUGUCAGCAAGUGGAGUAGGUAGAACAAUGUAGGUCCUAAAUUUAACAUGUAAUCUGUUACCACUAACUGUUACAAGUUUCCUCUUUGUAUUUAAAUGGCAUUUAUAUUCAGAGUCUACAAGAUACAGAACAAAAGAAAAGGAACAAUUUGCAAUAACAUUAGGGGCAUACUGGAUCGUAUUUUCAUUUUCAUCCAUCAUGGCCUUGGGAAGGAAGCUAAUACUCACAUGGAAGUAAUGUAAAUUCCUCUAAUUUUGCAUUGACAUGUGUACUUUACUUGAUUAUUUAAGUAUUAUAUUAUUUAUAUGUAUAGAGGGUUUUCCCAAAUCAGUGUUCACCAAUUCCUCAUUCACAUGACCAAAAUGUUAGCAGUAUUAUGCUUUAGAUGUGCUUUUUCAGUACUGGCUUCAUAAUUAGAAGUGGUGCAAGUCAAUAUUGGCUAGACAAAUUUUUUUUAUGAAGAUAAUUUCACAUAGUUGGAAAAUCUCUGUAAGGCGGAUCUCUAUCCAUUCGGACUCUUAGAGUAUAAGUUGCUUGAAAAUUUACAUGUCCCAUAAGAAAUUGAGCCAGAUGUAUAGCAUUUAAAAAUGGAAUGAAACAUCUAUUUUGUUUUUAUUGGUCAUUAGUAAUAGUAAUGCAAAAUAUGGAUUUUCUUGUAGCACAUCUUAUUAGAUGAAAAACAAUAAGAAUUAAGAUAGACCAAGUUGUAAAGUGGCGAGCUGUAAGUGGGCAUGUUUUUAUUGUCAUUGGCUCAAUUCACUGCAUUUUUUGCUAGGCGUUAAGCACUGCUCCAGUUCUGCAUUUCCUUAAAAUUCUUUAGAGAUCACAUAUUCCUACUACACUGAAUGUGUUCCUCUAGUUACAUUGCUGACGGUUUGACCGAAGGCGGUCUUUGUCUUAUAUGCUUAUUUUAUUUGCUGUCUUGUGAUAUGCUCAUGUCAAUAAAUUAUAAACAUUAC